AAUAUUUGUAUAUUUUUUUCAGGUCAUAUUUGAGUUGAACGCGAGCUGCAAAAAUUUUCUUCGACAAUAUCAUGACGCUGGAAGAUUCUGACAGGGAUCUUUUGGAGUCAUUCGGAUCGAUCGAUCCUUUUGACAUCCCUAAUGCUAGCGAGGAAAACAAGUUACUUCAGCAGCAGUUGAAAGAAAAACUUGCGAUUGCUGCCUUGCUUCGGGACAAAGCCGCGAAAUUUGACGAAAAGAUCAAGGUUGUUCAGAAGCAUCUGAAGGACGUCGAUGAUGAUAGACAGUCGAUCGAGACAUUAAUUUCAAACAAAGAAUCCGAGCUGGAAUCGGCAUUUGUCUCAGUUCGGGGAGCGGAAGCAGAAAUUCGUGUCGCUCGUCGUCAUAUCGCAGACUUGGAGAAAGACGACGGUGAUAUACACGUAAAAUGCGACGAAACGAGGGCUAAAAUCACAAGUUACCUCAGCAAGAUCACGAAGAUACGCAAUGAGCUGAAAUGGGAUGAAGAUACGUACAAGAGCUGGUCUGAGAAACUCGCUCAAAAACACGAAGAUAAUUUGAAUCUCGUGAAAUAUGCGGAAUUCGACGAGGCUCGCAUAAAGGAUCUCUCGUUGAAAUUAGAAAAGCUCAGCGUAGAAGCCGAAGGUUUUCGCAUUCGCGUUGAGGAAGUUGCGUCCGAGAAAUCAGCCCAAGAAGCCAAAUUCAAGAAGACUCAGAAGGAGCUUUUGAAUCUCCAAGCGCAGAAAACUGACCUUUCUGAAAAAUGGGAACAAGUCCUCUCCAAGGUCUCCGAAAAAGACUCAGAAAACCAAGAAAUGUUGCAAAAACUUGAAAAAGCCGAAGAAGCCCUGAGGGCUGCCCAAGAGCGACAAAGGAUU